GAGAGGAAUCAGUCUGACUUGAGGCUCGUCAUGCGGACUUCCGUCAGCCACUGCUCCUGUCUUCGAUUCGGCUGGAAAUCUUUCUCGAAGUCCGGGGAACAUCUUCCGCUGACGAAAUGAAGUGAUAUUCCCUCCGUGACGUCUCCAUCCAGAGCCAGCAAGAAUAUGAUCACUCCGAAUGUGAACGUCUCUCUUCGAAUCCAGCGAGAAUGCUGUCUCGACUGAUGAAACGAGAGCCUCUCCGAACUCAGUGAACACCUUUCCCCAAAGAAAGUGAAACAGCAGUGAAAGUGCAGGCAACAUGAGCCUUCUUUACAUGAAGAGCUUCCGCGAGGAAGGCGCGAAGAAGAGAUCCGGCGGGAUCAUGGGCACUUCGUCGCACAAGAAGAAUGCGUCGUCGGGCUUCUUCUCGGCGAUAGCGUCGUCGUCGUCGUCGUCGUCGCACGGACCGUCGCGGUUUCCGCAUCAGUUCACACGCUGUGAUUCUCCGCCGGGCUUCCUCGACGAGGAUUGUCCCCAUCACAACGUGAAUCGAAACAUCCGGACUCAUCUCUUCUUUCCCAUGACGUCGCAUCAUGCGGAUCAUCAGCCGACACCAUCGGCCGACGCGAAUCGGAAGCACAAGACCAGGAGGACUGCAGGGGUCCUCAAAUUGAAUCGAAGUACUUCAGAGUGCCACGAGUACUUGAUCGACAACUCCCCGAGUGCCUCGAAUCGAAAGGAGUGCUUCAAGGGCAGCAAAAGUGUGAGUUUUCGCAAUUCCCGUCAGCUGAAAUACCGGACGUUGAGGUGUGGUUACCCCGAAUCCGACGUGGAAGAGGACGACGAAGGAUGGAAAUCCCCAGAUGGCAUCAGGUGGGUGAAGACCCUCAACAGCAACAGCACCAACAACAACAACAGCAACGGCGAGAGGGGUGACGAAGACGAGGAAGAACCGUCCAGCCUCCACGACAAAGACUGUUUCAUAUUCCCCAUCAACCAGUUGGCCCGGUUCCUUCCUUUCGGCGUUCCGGUGCCGAGGGAAGGUGGUUCGGGAUCGAUGCACGGAGGAGGAAGUUUUAACAUGAUGAAGAUGGAAGAUCCGGGGAUCUCCCUGGUCGUGAAUGCCUUGCCAGGGAGUGUGAUCCCCGAGAAUUCCUCCGUCUCUUCGGGACAUUCCGAGGCGUCAAAUUCCAAUCCGAACUCCAUAUCGCUCUUGAUGCAAGGAGCCAGCCGGCUGGUGGACAAGGUCCAAGAGGAGGGCCUUGCCCAAGACGGAGUCCUGCUCAUGAGCAUGGAACGAUCAGCCAUGUACCCGUUCGUGAGUUACUACUCGGUGGACCGGAGACGGCAUGACCCGGAGGAGGUGAGCAACCAAGUGCUGGACGAUGCUCUCCGGGAAUUCGAUAGUUUGGACCCCCGGCACCACGUGGUCGACCACUUCGACGAGGUGGCCAUCAUCUGCAAACCCCCCGUCACGCUUCAGGCGACGACAGACAAGCCGGGAAAGCGGAGCUCUGGGUUCAUCGUCUCCAUCUUCAGGGUUCUCCCCGGCAGCGACGGAGAGAAGUUCGAGCGACACUGGCUCGAUUGGACCGGAGCUCGAUUGCUGUACCUGUCCCUGCCGGAAUGCGUGGGUCUCCGGAAGAUGUCUCUACUGAAGUCGUCGGGGAACAGAGGCCACGUCUUCUACCUCCUUCUGGUGGAAUGUUCCAGGCUCAUCGAAAACGUGGUCUACGGUGCCCAGCUGCUCCCCAGCCUCCGGGCGAGACUCUGCGGGUACACCGGCAUCUAUCGUGUCGUCAAGAGCUUCUCCAACGUGGAACCACCCGAGGUCUCAUAGAAGACCUCCAAGGGCCUUCUCAUUCUAGAACGGCCUGAAUCCUGUGAUUUUUCCCGUGGAUGAUGCGAUUGCAAUCGCGCUGGAUCUGCAUUUGGUAGC